UGUAUCCAGUAGAUGUUUUGGAAGAUGAUCCUGACGCACAUCAGGAAGCAGCUCUGGCUUACUAUGCCUCACUUAGGGAAGGGGCUGGGGCCCCGUCUGAGGUUUUCUGUCUUCCCACUGGGGAGAAGAUUUGAGGCUGAUCUGCUGAAAGAGACAAAGUUUUCUUGUUUUAUACGGAUACAGUUUCACUCAUACCAGGUGAAAUGUGAAGCUUCAUAUGUCUGCUUUUGCACGGUGCACCGUGAUGAACCUCAACAUAAGAUACUGGUUUUGGUUAAUCCCCAAGACACAAAGACAGUUGUGGCUGUUUACAUAAAGGAAUCCUGGUGGUCCACGGAGGAAGAUGCACUAAGAACCUCUGAUCCUGCGAGAGAAGGGUUGAUGAAGUUCUUUUUCUUUCUUUUUUUUUUUUUUUCUUCAAAGGUUCAGUCAUUUGGGGAAAGGAUUGUGCUUUUCAUUCUAAACGCCAUUAUUUUUGGAAGACUGGAGAGAAAUUUGGAUGAUGAUGACAUGUUUUUUCUACCUCACUCUGUGAAGGAACAAGCUAAAAUCCUAUGGAGACGUGGAGCGGCUGUUGGGUUUUACACAACCAAGAUGAAAGGCAGCCUGUGUGGUGACGGCACCGGUGCGUGCUACCUGCUGCCUGUCUUUGACACUGUGUACAUCAGGAGGAAACACCAGCGCCGAGGCUUGGGAACAGCCAUGCUGCAGGACUUCUGUGAGACAUUCCCAGAGGACGAGGCCCUGGGGGUCAGCUGCCCGAUGUCUCCUGCCAUGUACCAAGCACACCCAGGAAAUUCCGAGGACGUGAGCCGUCAUGCGAGGACUUCUCAGAAUGACAGACCCAGACAGUCUGCCCCUGGAGACGGCAGCAAGGAGAGGAUGCGUGGAGAAGAACUGGAAGACACAAAGAAUAAUCCAGAGUGUGGAGUGGAAGAGGAGGAUGCCGGGCUGGUGGGGCAGCCACCGAGCAAGCUUACAAGGCCCAGUCCCUGA